CUGUAAAAGAAGAGGAGGUUACUGUAAAAGAAGAGGAGGAUGUUACUGUAAAAGAAGAGGAGGAUGUUACUGUAAAAGAAGAGGAGGAUGUUACUGUAAAAGAAGAGGAGGAUGUUACUGUAAAAGAAGAGGAUGUUACUAUAAAAGAACAGGAGGAAGAGAACGUUUUUGGAGUGAAAGAGGAGGGGGAGAUGACUGUCACAUCGAAAAAGGAGGAAGAAGAAGGGGAAGCUGGAUAUCUGGGGCCGGUUACAGAAACGCAUCUUAAGGCGUCCAAUGGUGCUAACGAUGAACUUAGCCGUAAAAUGGUUUUGAGAAACCGUUCCCUGAUUAACACUAGAGAGAGACAUGACUAUCGUGGAUCGUCUGGGGAGCCUCAACAACCUCAUGAAGCUGACGAGGCAGAGAAGAGUCUUUCUACAUCAGAACACCACAAGAAAUACCAGCGGAAACACACAGGGAAGAAAUCUCACCACUGCUCUGACUGUGGGAAGAGUUACUCAAGAUUAGAUUCACUAAAAGUACACCAGAGAAUUCACACAGGCGAUACAGCUCACUGCUCUGACUGUGGGAAGAGAUUCACCUCUUCAGCAGACCUAAAAAGACAUGAGAGAAUCCAUACAGGAGAGAAGCCUUAUAGCUGUGAUCAAUGUGGGAAGAGAUUUACUCACUCAAGCUGCCUGAAGGUACAUCAGAGAACACACACUGGAGAGAAACCUUAUAGCUGUGAUCAAUGUGAGAAGAGAUUUGUUACAUCUAGCCGUCUGACUAUACACCAGAGAACACACACAGGAGAGAAACCUUAUAGCUGUGAUCAAUGUGGGAAAGGUUUUAAUGUUCGAAGUGGCCUGAAAACACACCAGACAACACACACAGGGGAGAAAUCUUUUAGUUGCUCUGACUGUGGGAAGACCUUUUCAAAAUUAUAUACAUUACAAUUACACCAGACAAUUCACACUGGGGAGAAACUUUAUAGCUGUAAUCAAUGUAGGAAGAGUUUUAAUCACUCAAGCUUGCUGAAGGUACAUCAGAGAACACACACAGGAGAGAAAUCUUUUAUAGCUGUGAUCAAUGUGGGAAGCGAUGUGUUACAUCUAGCAGACUGACUAUACACCAGCGGACACACGAGAGAACCCUUGUAGCUGUAAUCGAUGUGGGAAGAGUUUUACUCAGCCAAACAUCCUGAUAUCACACCAGAGAACACACAUAGGAGAGACACCUCAUAGCUGUGAUCGAUGUGGGAAGAGAAACGCUGGUGAAAGAAAUACAUGGAGUUGUUUCAUGACAUCAAUACGAUGAUGUCACACUGUAGAAUGUUUAAACAUUGUAGUAGGAGUAUUUUAAUGAAUAAUGUCACAAUGUAGAACCCUAAACGUUUGCCCCCUGUUCUAUUGAUUCCAGCAUGAUAUGGAUAUUAGCCUCAUCAGGGGAAAAAAAAUACAGGUUCUGAAAUGAAAGAGUACUAUUUAUGUGAUUAAGAAAAAGUGUUGUGUUACACUUACCACGUUGGCGACCCACUUGAAUCAAAAUGUAACACUUCAAAAUGUAUCUAGCUAUUUUCUACAAGUUGUCCUCUA